UUAUAUCGAGGAUUUGAAUUAUACCCUGCAUUCGUCAAACCAGUGGUUGAAGGGAAGAAUAACGGCUGCUGCACGGUCUGGCAAUUGAAACCAAGCACUCUUGUUUUCCAGGUUUCUGAUCACUUUCAGAUUCCAUCCUGAACCUUGAGUCUAGACUUCUUAGCAAAAUUUAUCAGCAGGAGUUUAAUGGAAAAUUUUUCAGUAGUUGCUCUUUUCUGUUGAAUGAUCGAAGUGUGUAUUGAUGAGAUUCAAGCAUCCAGUCUUGUGUGUCUCGGUCCACAGUGAGCUGAGUUCCUAACAAAGGCUCAGGGAUAUGGUUUCCUCUGUGAUACAAAUGGCAAAUUCUAUCCUUGUGUCAAGCAGAAAGUAAAUGCCGAAAGUAAGCCAUGGGGAAGAAUAUUGUAGUAUAAAAGCAUAGGAAUUAGGAAAGGAAUUGAUUCCCUUCCUAAACUUGAACAAAGAAUAAUAAAGUUCUUCCCAACACGUAAUAUAAACUUCUCACGGAAACCAUGAUUUUGCAUUGCCUUCAUUUAGUCAUGGAAAACCCGAUCACCCAAGAUCUCACUGAAAGCUUUCAACUCAAGGAUGAAUACCAAUACCUUAAAGAUGAUGAUGCAGAUGAAUCUCACUACCUUUACAUCAUCAAUGCAAUCCUAAGUAGCACUGCCAGGCUCAAUGUUCUCUUACCAACAGCGACCAUCCUUGCUUUCACCAUCUUUGCUCCUCUCCUAACCAAUGAUGGCCAGUGCACCUCUCUCAGCCGCUGGGUGAUGGGUUCUUUUCUGGUCUUCCUGGCAGCUUCCUGUGUAUUCUUCACAUUCACAGACAGCUUCAGAACAGCCACGGGAAGGUUGUAUUAUGGGAUAGCAACCUUCAGGGGCAUUUGGACAUUCAAUGCUGGAAGGAAGAAACCUUGCAUCCCAUCAGAUUACAAGCUGAGAUGGUCUGAUAUCGUCCAUGCGUGGCUUUCAUUGGUUGCAUUUUUAGCCUUUGCAGGGUCGCACAGUGACGUUGCGGCAUGCUAUUAUCCAGGAAUCCCAAGGAAGGUCACCAACACUGUUCCUCUUGUGGUUGGCUUUGUCGUAAGUGUUUUGUUUGUGGUGUUUCCUUCCAGGAGAAGGGGAAUUGGGUAUCCAUUCUUGUUGCAUAGGGAAGCCAGGUACUCCAGAGUUUGAAAGACAUUUUGGUUUCUUCAUGCAUAACUCCAUUCUUGU